AUGAAAGAUAAAAAAAAUAAUACAGAUACAAAUAAAUUAGAAAUUGGUGAUAAUUAUAACAACAAUAAUAAUAAAGAUAAAAAUGGUUUAGAAAUUAAAAGUGGUGAUAUUAAAAAUAAUAAUAAAAAUAAUAAUAAUAGUUUAGUUGAAUUAAAAUUACCAUUAGAUAUUUCAUUGGCAAAGUUUAAUUAUAAUAUUAUUUUAGGAGUUAAAGCAAUUUAUGUUAAUAAAAAUACGAUUAAAGUAUCACACUCAAAAUAUUUCAACAUUAGUAAGUUGUUACCAUUUUUUGGUUAUAAUAUUAAUCAUAUUAAAGAAAUUUUAAAUCCAAAUAAACAUUUAGUGAUUGAAACAUACAAAGAAUUGUUAUAUAUUAUUUAUGAAACGUCAGUAUCUGAUUCUAUCAAUAGUGCAUAUAUAUUUCGUGCUUUAUUGAAUCAUGUUUGUGAUAAUAAUAUGAGAAGAGUUGGUUUUAAUCAUACAAUGAUUGAUUUUGAUGGUGGUGUAAUUAGAAGACCAGAUUUCUAUUUUGUUUCAAUGAAGUACUUCUAA